AUGGCAGCACCAUUCCCUUCGCCUACUAUGAAAUGGCACACUAAAGCCUACCAGUCUAUAUCACCUAGGCGGCCGGAGCUCUCUGCCAAAGGUAGGAUAGUGUUAGUAACCGGAGGAGGCACGGGCAUCGGCUCGGAGACCGCCCGCCACUUUGCGGAAGCAGGCGCAUCUCGGAUCGCCCUCCUUGGUCGCAGAGAACAACCACUCCUCGACACCAAAGCCUCCAUUGAAAACACGUUCCCUAACGUUGAGGUAUUCGUCGCCUCUACCGAUGUGACAGACAAGGGACAAGUGGACGCAGCUUUUGCCAACUUCGCCGGUGACGAAUCGAUCGAUAUCUUCGUGAGCGGUGCAGCUAUCAUUGGACCACAGGAAUCAGUCGAGAAUGUGGACAGUGAUCAAUUCCUUGAAGCUAUCCAGGUGAACCUGAAAGGUUCGCUGGCAGUUGCCCAAGCUUUUCUUCGGCAUGCAUCGCCAGAUGCUGUUGCUAUCGAUAUCAAUUCGUCUGCUGCGCAUGUGAAUUUCGGUUCUGGGCUUGCUGCUUACAGCAUCGCCAAGUUUGCUGUAUUCCGACUUUGGGAUUCUGUGGCUUUUGCAAAGCCCAAUAUCAGCGUGUUCCAUAUCCAGCCUGGUGUCGUUGAUACCGCGAUGAACAAAGAAGCUGGCGGUGUCAAGGCCAUUGGAAUUGAGGAUCACAUUUCUCUGCCCGCGAGCUUCUGUGUUUGGCUCGCAAGCCCCGAGGCUCAGUUCUUGAAGAGCAAGUUUUUGUGGUCAAACUGGGAUGUCGAUGAGCUUAAGGCUAAGGCAAAGGAGAUUGAAGCUAGCAAUCAGCUCAGCAUCGGACUUAGCGGGUUGCCCUUCCAGGAUGCUAGUUGGAAGCCGACGUGGAAGGCCUAG